GACGAAAUUGGAUUGGAAUUUGGAAGUCCAUGGCCCUGUUGGUUUCUUCUUCUUCUUCACUUCCUGGGCAGAAAAUCUACAAUGCUCUUCAGCGGAGCAGCCUCUCUGCAAGGUGAUCUCUGGCUACCACUCAAUGCUCAAUUCCUAAACACGCGGUGAAAUUUAAAAAAUUGAUUACUUGUUGAAACAUUCAACCCUGGAUUUGACUUCUGCCAGCUGAAAUUUUGCUUAGACGAAAAAAAAAAAAAAAAAAAGAUUUAGAAAAUCUUGUGAAGCUGAUGCCUAGUAUUCAUGGCAUUAAGGUUGAAGCUACUGCGAAAAAAGCUCACUUUGGAACUCAGAAACCAAUAUUAUGCACGCCCACAAUCGGGUAUCAUAAUUAGCAGGUUUUCUUCGUCAUGGUCUUCAGGAAACCCUAAUUCAAGUUCUGAUUUUAGCCCUAAUUUAUAUGCCCCGUGUGUGGAGACAGAUAAUUUUGAUGAUAGUGAUACUGGGUAUGUAAGAAGUGAAGAGACGGGUGUCAAGAAAUCUGGGUUAUUGAGCUCAUGUGAUAGUCCUAGUGGUGUCCUUAGACGAGGUUAUAAUUUUGAUGAUGCCGGUGAGGAUGACGAGUCUGAAGAAGAAGAAGAAGAAGAAGCAGAGGGUGAGAGUGGCAGUGAUGAAGACAUUAGGGCUUUGAAUAUGGUUGGCAGAAAUCAGCAACAGAGGGAAAAUUUUUGGAGUUUUGAAGGAGAUGAUGAUGAACUAAGGCACCCUUUAGUGAAAGAAGUUCGUAGAUUGAUUGAUUUUCGGUCAUCAUGGAGUCCAAAGCUUGAAGGUGAAUUGAGACACGCACUUAGAAUCCUUAAACCCCGUCAAGUCUGUGCUGUAUUGCGCUGUCACGAUGAACGAGUGGCUUUGAAUUUUUUCCGUUGGGCUGACCGGCAAUGGAGGUACCGGCAUGACCCAAUUGUAUACUAUUCAAUGCUUGAGGUCCUCAGUAAGACCAAGUUAUGUCAGGGUGCUCGAAGGGUUCUUCGACUCAUGCUGAGGAGGGGAAUUGAGUGUAGACCGGAAGCUUUUGGUUAUGUGAUGAUUUCCUAUAGCCGAGCUGGUGACAUGAAGAAAGCAAUGCGAGUCUUAUCUCUGAUGCAAAAGGCAGGAGUUGAACCCAAUUUGUCGAUAUGCAACACUGCUAUCCUUGUUUUGGUGAAGGGGAAGAGAUUGGAAAAAGCACUCAGGUUCUUGAGUAGGAUGCAAGUUGUUGGAAUUGAGCCAAAUGUUGUCUCUUAUAAUUGCCUGAUCAAGGGGUACUGUGAUAUGCUUCAAAUUGACGAUGCAUUGCAUCUGAUCGUUGAAAUGCCUCUUAGAGGUUGCUUACCGGACAAAGUCAGUUACUAUACAGUCAUGGGCUUUCUUUGCAAGGAGAAAAGGAUCAAAGAAGUGAAGGAGUUGGUGGAGAAGAUGUUCAAGGAUAGCAAAUUGUUACCAGAUCAGGUUACUUACAGUACACUUGUCCAUGUGCUAUCCAAAAAUGGUCAUGGCGACGAGGCUCUUGAAUUAUUAAAGGAAGGAGAAGAGAGGGGUUUCUUGGUCAGUAAGGUUGGAUAUAGUGCAAUAAUUCACUCUUUUUGUCAAGAGGGAAGGAUUGACAGGGCGAAUGAAAUUCUGAGUGAAAUGUCUUCAAAAGGGUGCAGCCCCGAUGUGGUGACUUACACGGCUAUUCUCAACGGGCUAUGCCAUAACGGAGAGGUGGAUGAAGCCAGAAAGUUGCUGCAGCAGAUGUACAAGCUUGGUUGCAAGCCAAACACUGUCUCAUACACUGCCUUGCUGAAUGGGCUAUGUAGAAGCGGUAAAUCAUCAGAGGCAAGAGAAAUGAUGAAAUCAAGUGAGGAAGACUGGUGGACGCCAAAUGCUAUCACGUACAGUGUUGUGCUCCAUGGCCUUCGUAGGGAGGGGAAAUUAUUCGAGGCCUAUGAUUUGGCCAAGGAAAUGAUUGGGAAGGGUUUUUGUCCAACUGCAGUUGAAAUUAACUUACUGAUCCAAUCUCUUUGUCAAGAAGGUAGAGUAAAUGAUGCUAAGAAGUUUAUGGAGGAGUGUCUACACAAGGGCUGUGCAGUUAACGUGGUGAACUUCACCACUGUACUCCAUGGGUUUUGUCAGAAAGAUGACUUGGACAGUGCUCUCUCAUUGCUCGAUGACAUGUAUCUGAGUAACAGACGUCCUGAUGCAGUUACUUAUACGACAAUCAUUGAUGCAUCAGGCAAGAUGGGUAGGAUAGACGAGGCCAUUGAACUGACAAAGCAAAUGCUUCACAGGGGUGUGGUUCCGAGCCCAAUUACCUACAGGACAAUCAUCCACCGGUUCUGUCAGCAUGGUAGGGUGGAAGACCUGCUGAUAUUAUUGGAAAAGAUGCUUUCAAGGCAAAAGUGCAGAACAGCAUACAAUCAGGUUAUAGAAAAACUUUGUAGGUUAGGAAACCUUGAUGAGGCUUAUGAACUCUUGGGGAAGGUUUUGAGGACAGCUUCAAAGAUUGACGCCAAUACUUGUCACGUGCUUAUGAAGUGUUAUUUGAGUAAAGGGAUUCCUCUGCUGUCUUAUAAAGUGGCAUGUCGUAUGUUCAAUCGGAACCUGAUCCCUGAUUUGAAGCUAUGUGAGAAGGUGAGAGAGAGAUUGAUGCUAGAGGGGAAAGAACACGAAGCAGAUAAGCUCAUGCUCCGGUUUGUAGAACGUGGAUGCCUUUCUCCCCGAUAUCAGCAAAAUGUACAAAGUUAGCCCUCAUUCUUUGUCUAAUUGCUCCUGAAGUGGUUUUGUUGUCUAUCCAUCAUACUCCUUUGAUGGAGCUGUAUCGUGAGCUCCAACCAUGGUGAUGAAAGCAAGAAUCAGAUGAGACUUCAGAAUUCAGAUUUAUGCUAUAUCUGCCAGGGGCCUCGUAUAAUUGCAGUCGAAAUUUGUUUACAAUAUUUGAUCCUCUUUUGAGUAACAAUUUGAAGCAUGUGGUAGUAGUUUUUCUUAACAAUUUUCUUGUAACAACUCCAGGAAAGCACAUUUGAUGAAAUCAACAAUAAAUUACAAUUCCAACUU